GCGGGGGUUCUGUUUGGGAUGCAGGGGGCCCAGACUGUGUGCAGGGGCUCCUGUUGGUGUGCAGGGAGUUCAGAGAUGGUUCCGGGUGUUCUGGUUGGGGUGCAAGGGGUCUGGUUGGGAUGCAGAGAACCCAGACAUGGUGCAGGGGUUCUUGUUGGGGAGCGGAAGUCACAGACAGGAUGCAGGGAGUUCAGACAGGCGGUGUUCUCUUUUCGUUCAAGGGGGUUCAGAGAAAGUGCAGGUGGUUCUGGCUGGGAUGCGUGGGGUGUGUUUGGGGCGCAGGGGGUUCAGACGGUUGUUCAGGAGGUGCAGGCAAGAUGCAGGGGAUUCUGGUUGGGGUGCAGGGGUUUCAUACAGGGUUCAGGGAGUCCAGGAGAGAUUCUGGGAUUUCUGUUUGGGGUGCAGGGCCUCCAGGCAAGCUGCAGGUGUUCUGGUUGGGGUGCUGGGUGUUCAGACAGGGUUGAGGCAUUUCUGUUUGUGGUGCGGGGGUUCUGGUUGGGGUGAAGGGCACCCUGACAAGUUGCAGUGGUUCUGGUUGGUGAUCAGGGUGCCCACACAGGGUUCACGGGGUCCAGGCAAUGUGCAGGGGGUUCUGGUUGGGGUCCAGGCGGUCUUGUUGGCAUGCUGGGUGUUCAGACACUCUUCAGGAUGCAGAGGGUGUGUUUGGGGUGGAGGGCAUCUAGGGAAUGCGCAGGGGUUCUUGUUAGGAUGCAGAGAUCCCAGACAGGGCGCAGGGGUGCUUGUUGUGGUGCAGGGGGCUCAGAGAGCGUUCAAGGGGUCAAGGCAAGGUGCGGGGGUUCUGUUUGGGAUGCAGGGGGCCCAGACUGUGUGCAGGGGCUCCUGUUGGUGUGCAGGGAGUUCAGAGAUGGUUCCGGGUGUUCUGGUUGGGGUGCAAGGGGUCUGGUUGGGAUGCAGAGAACCCAGACAUGGUGCAGGGGUUCUUGUUGGGGAGCGGAAGUCACAGACAGGAUGCAGGGAGUUCAGACAGGUUUCGGGUAGUUCUGGUCGUGUUGUGUGGGGUCUGGUUGCGAUGCGGGUGACCUAGACGCGGUGCAGGGAUUGUUGUUGGGGUGUAGGGGGCUCAGACAGGGUUCAGGGUGUCUCGUUGGGGUGCUGCAUGUUCAGAUAGAG